AAUAUCUCUCCUUCUGCAAUCUACAAUCAAGUCGAAAACUGGUUUACAAAAAUGCCUGAAACACAGAUUUCCAAUGGGUUCAGUGAGCCUCGCCUUGUGGUGAGAAAAUUCUUGGCUAGGCCUCAGCAUGAAGGAGCUGGAGCCAUUGUCAGGAGAAGCAUAGGAAGGUUUGAGCUGAAAUACUUCGAUCCUUUUCUUGUUUUGGAUGAAUUCUCAGUUUCUGCUCCUGCUGGGUUUCCUGAUCACCCCCACAGAGGUUUUGAGACAGUUACCUACAUGUUACAGGGAGCUGUUCAACAUGAAGAUUUUGAAGGGCACAAGGGGUCAAUAGAGGCAGGUGAUUUACAGUGGAUGACCGCAGGAAGAGGGAUCGUUCACUCAGAAAUGCCUGCAGCCACCGGCGUCCAAAAGGGUCUGCAGUUGUGGAUCAACCUUUCCUCCAAAAAUAAGAUGAUCGAGCCGAGGUACCAAGAAAUAGAGAGUAAGAACAUCGCAGAAGCUACAAAAGACGGGAUCAAGGUGAGGGUCAUAGCAGGGGAGGCCUUGGGGAAAAAAUCACCAGUAUACACAAAGACCCCCACCAUGUAUCUGGACUUCACUCUGAGUCCAGGAGCUCACCUGCAGCAGCCCAUACCCAUAAAAUGGAACGCGUUUGUGUAUGUCUUGGAAGGUGAAGGGGUGUUUGGGAACCCAAAAAAUCUUCCCACAACAGCCCACCACCUGCUCCUUCUAGGCUCAGGUGAUGGGCUGGAAGCAUGGAACAAGUCCCUGAAGCCCCUCAGAUUCGUUUUGGGGGGUGAGCCCUUGGGGGAGCCUGUGGUGCAGUUAGGCCCCUUUGUGAUGAACACCCAGGAAGAGAUUGACAGAACAGUUGAGGAUUAUGAAAACUGCAUCAAUGGAUUUGAGAAGGCUAAAUACUGGAGGUCUGAAGUUCAUCGUUUCUAGUCUUAUGUGAUGUAUUAUUAUUCAUUAGUUGAUUCUCAAAGAGGUGUGGAAAAAUUGAGAUCACAAAUUUAUUAUCAACCUUUGGUUUAUCACUCUGAUUUAUGAAUGAAAUGGUAUUGAGCUGGAAAGCAGUUUCAUAAAA